AUGGUGCUGCCGAAGCGGGCCGCAGGACAUACAUACAAGCCCGUGCAACCGCCCCCGCAAACGAACACGGGCUUGUUGAGACCACCGUCCAGCGGCAGCACCAUCCGGCAUCUGCGACGACCCAGCCCACUUCGGACGAGCGUCAGCGCGAAUGCAGCCGUAGGUCGCCGCCAGAGUCAGAGUCAGAGUCUCAGCCGGAGUCGGAGCCGCAGUCGCAGCGCGUUGCGAAGGCCGAGUCCGCUUAGAGUGCGCAAGGCCGGCCAGGCGCCGUCCGCGGACUUGGUGGAGCAGCAGAAUGGCGUGCAAGGAGGGCAGACCCAGGUUUCAACGCAGGCGCAGGCGCCAGCUCGGCCUGGCAGUCGAGGUGUCGCGAACGUGUCGCAAGAACGUGGCCAAGGCCGCAAUGUGAUGGCCGCCCCGGAAAAGAAGAAUGUGGGGUUAAGCCCUGACGCUGCGAGCGCAGCAGGGCAUAAACGUUCGCCGAGCAAGAUGUGGAACGAGGUCAUGCAGCGUGGCAGAGUCGAAGGAGGGGGAGGAGGCGGAGGAGGAGGAGCUCCAAUCAUUGUGACGACGACUCCCGAUAGUGAAGGCGGCAUUAUGUCGUCUCCUGGCGCACACAAGCCGCAAAAGUCCCGCAUGGAGCGUUACGAAGCCAAGGUCUGGGCGCAGGGGCGUGAUACAAGCCAGAGCCACAGCCAAGGCCGCGCUCAAGGCCAAGUCGCGAAGAUGCGGUCCUUGAGGACGAGAAAGGGCAGGCGGAAGCGCCUGACGGGCAUGAUGAGCAGCGUCGGCGUCGGUGUCGGUCUUGGUGUCAGUGUGAAUGGGAAUGGGACUGGGGCUGCUACGGGGAAGAGCGUCCAUGAGCAGAGGGGAAGAGAGAGGAUACGGAGGGAGCCGAGGGGGCGGGUGGAUGGAGGGACGGGGACGGUAGUGGCGUCAUAA